AGUAAAAACUAGCGAAAUAAACAAACCCACGUGUUGAAACAACUUUUUGUUGAAGUUUUUGCGAAUUUCAAUUUCUACACCUCAAACGAAAUGGUUACCGUCAAAGUAUUAGAAGAUGAUCAAGAUCUUGAAUCUGAGUCCGAAUCUGAGAUGAGCCUAGGGGAAGAGGAAGAAGAAGACUCUGAGACGGAAAGCGACGAGGAAAUGUUGAACUUAGAUUCCGACUCUGAACUUCAAGAAGCUUUUGAAAAGGGAGUUUUGAAGCCUGGAACUGUUUUGAAGGACCCCAAGUUGGCUAAACCACCGAAAGUCAACACAAAUAAUGUGCAAGGGCUCAAGAGGAAGCUGGAUGAAUUCAAACUAAAAGAGAAAUGGAUAGAGCGACUUGACAUAGUCUCAGGCCAAGCGCCUUUGGCUCCUGAGCUUGCUGAAAAACUUGAAAACCAGCAGCUCAUUACUGACAAAAAUGAAUUGGCUACCAGUGACUUUCAGCGUGAGCUUUAUUUCUACCGUCAGGCACAGGCCACAGUUCUUGAAGCGAUACCUCGUCUCAAGUCUAUGAACAUUCCGACUAGGAGGCCGGAAGAUUAUUUUGCAGAAAUGGCCAAAACUGAUGAGCACAUGCAAAAGGUCAGAGCUAAUUUGACAAAGAAAAAGACGGAAGAAGAGCGUAGAGAAAAAGUCCGCAAUUUUAGGCAGCAAAAGAAAUUUGGUAAAAAGGUCGAGGCUGAGGCUAGAGUGGCAAAGCAAAUGCAGAAGAAGGCAAUGCUUGAUGAGGUCCGAAAGUUUAGAAAAGGUCAAAGAAAAGAUCUUGAUUUCCUUGAUGAUGACAAACCUACGAAAAAGAAAAAUGAGAACACUCCCAAUGAAAAAGGCCAGGGAAAAUCUAAAAUUAAAAGAUCUCAGUUCAGAAGAGAAGCCAAGGAUAAAAAGUAUGGGUUCGGUGGCCGCAAACGAGGAAAAAAGACCAACACUAGAGAUAGUGCAUCUGAUGUCUUCAACACUGGGAAGCCAUCUGGCAGACCUGGUGGCUUCAAGUCUAAGGGAAAGAAUCAACAACAGAGGCCUGGAAAGAACCGGAGGCAGAAAAUGAAGGGCGGUAGAAAGUGAAAAUUUUUAAGUGGGUAUCUUUUGAUUCUUUGGUGGAAAAAAUAAAUAUGCAUAAAUUGGA